AUAGCGCGCGGGGUGGGGAGCCGCGCGGUCCCGGAAACUUUUCCCUCUCGCCGCCGCCGCCGCCAGCGCCCAUCUCCGGGCCGCGACCGUGCGCUCAGCCGGGGCCGCCGCCGCAGGGGGCACCGUGCCGGAGGAAGGGGGCGCGGGGCGGCCGCGCGGGAGGCCGGGGCCCGGGCCGGGCGGAGCGGGAGAGCCAUGGGGGAGGCGGCCAGCCCCGCGCCCGCGUCCGCGCUCUGGGACUGGGACUACCUGGACCGCUGCUUCGCCCGCCACCGCGUCUGCAUCUCCUUCGGCCUGUGGAUCUGCUCCACCUCCUGCUGGAUCGCCGCCCACACGCUGCUUCUCUAUCUGAGGUGUGCAAAGAAAUCCGGACGGGACCAGUCAGUGCUGUGCGCUGCCUGCUGCCUCCUCAGCAGCCUGUGUGACACCAUCGGGGCCAUUCUGGCCAGACAGCUCACGAUCCAGGUAUUCACAGGUGCCUACCUCGCCGCUGCUGACUUGGUGAACUUUGUCUUCAUCCUUUUCCCCAUAUGCGGCUGCCAGUGGAAGUCUCAUCGCGGUCGGGGCUCCCAGGAGAGGACGAGGAGGCAGCGGCUCAGGGCCAGUGUAUUUGCUCUGGCCCUGCCGCUGAGCCUGGGACCAGGCUGGGCUCUCUGGGCCACCACCCCAAAGGCCUCAGGCCCUGUCCGAGGGUCCCAGCGGAGGCUGCUGGAAAGCCUGCUGCAGGACAAUACUGAAGUCCUCGGCUACCUGCUGGGCGGCAUUGCUGUCUUUGGCUCCUGGGCUUCCCAGAUCCCCCCGCUCUCCAGAAUCUGCCAAGGUAAGGCGUUUCCCUCCAUCCACCUGUGGACCCGGCUCCUGUCGGCCCUGGCUGGCCUCCUCUAUGCCUCGGCCAUCGUGGCCCAUGACCGGCGGCCUGAGUACCUGCUUCGGGCCACGCCCUGGUUCCUGACCUCCCUUGGUCGAGCUGCGCUGGACCUCUCUAUCAUAUUCCUCUCCUGGGUGAUGAAGAGCAAGAUGAGACGGGCCUUGGGAUUUGCCCCGGGAGCCAGAGAGAGCCCGGACACCCAAGCCCUCUUGACCUGCGCAGAGAAAGAGGAAGAAAGCCAGGAGAAUUCAGAUUGGGUGCCUCUCACUACACUUCCACCCUGCAAAUCACUCAGGACAAUGGCAGCCAUCAGUCGCUACUUGGAGCUGACCAUCGAGCCGGUGCAGCAGCCCUGCGGACCGCCCCCCCUUCAAAGGAGACAAGGCAGAGAAUACUACCCCCUUUGCUGGAUGAGGAAACUGAGGCUCCAGGAGGAUGCGUUUCUUGCCAAGGCAAGCUGCAGCACCACCAGGCUGCCCGGCGAUGGACAGAUGAGCCCUGGAGACGCCACCCUAGAGGAGCCCCCCUCGUACCCUCCCGUUCAGGUCAUCCGGGCCCGCGUGUCUUCCAGCAGCUCCUGCGAGGUCUCCUCCAUCAACUCGGACCUCGAGCAGAAGUAUUGGGAAGCCCUAAACUCGGAGCAGUGGGACCCUGAAGACGUAAACCUUAAAGGGAACAAAGAUAACGUAGACAUGCUCGGAUCCCAGGCACACAGGGGAUCCAUGGGGCCAGUGGUCUUGACGUCUGACGAAGAACACCUAAUGCAAGGCCAUCAGCUCAGAGCCCUCAGCCAAACGUUUGUCAGGAAUGGAGCAGGGAUCAACCUACAGUGAACCCCAUGGCAGGCAUCUCAGCUUCUGCAGAGGUGGCUCAUGAAAGUGAGGAGCUGGGUGUGGUCACUGAGCUUGGCUGCUCUGCAUUGUGGCUCAGAACAGAGCGAAGACUCCGGGUCCCGUGGACAGACCUGGGCAUUCACAGCUUGGUCUGAAGAUCAGAAGUUCACAGACCACUCUUUGAAGUAGAAACUUUCAUCUAAAGGUCACUGGGCCCUCUCUUCCUUUUCCCUUCCGAUUCAGCCAUCCUCCACAUCUCUGCUAGGUGCCAGGAACGAGUUCAUCUAACAAGCAGCUCCUAUGUUUGGAUCUCCACGGAGCCCCAUUCUGCAAGUCCUGGCUACCCCCAGGAGAUGAGAAGGGUGGGUCCGUAUGCAGAUCUAGACACCCUCACCAGUACUGAUGGGACCUGGCUCCCAUCAAAGUUUUCUGCUUCUGGAGGUUUCUGCUGGAAGUUGGAGAUGGGACUGCUUGGUCGACCAGAAGUUUGUGAGAUCAUGGUUAUUGAAAGGGCAAGCUAAGUUCAUUGCUCUAGGUACCAGGAGCUGCUCCAACCAGCCAAGGUGUGUGCUGGGCAGGGUUUGCAGGUGAGCAGGCCUGUCUGCUUCAGGAGCUAACAUGAAAGAGGCAUGGUGGGAGGUGUUAAAUUCAAGCACAGUCUUCUCAUUUUAGCAUUAUUUUGAUACCAUGAUCACGGGAGAGGGGAAGGUUGGAGGGAAUGGGGCCGAGGUGGGAGUGAAUAAGUUUACUGGAGU